AGAGCUGAUCGACAAGCAACAAACGACCGCCGUCCCUCUUUCUCGACAUUCCAAAUGGCCUCCGCAGAACUCGCCGCUUCCUACGCCGCACUCAUCCUCGCCGAUGACGGUAUUGAAAUCACUGCCGACAAGAUUGUCGCACUCACCUCCGCCGCUUCCGUCGAACUCGAGCCAAUUUGGGCUUCUCUCCUCGCAAAAGCUCUCGAGGGCAAGAACGUUAAAGAGCUUCUUUCAAAUGUUGGUGCUGGUGGAGGUGCUCCAGUAGCCGGUGGUGCUCCUGCUGGUGCUGCUGGUGCUGCCGCAGAGGCGCCAAAAGAGGAGGAGAAGAAGGAAGAGGAGAAGGAGGAGUCAGACGAGGACAUGGGCUUCGGUCUCUUCGACUAACUUUGUAUCGUGUCAUUAUGUCGCUUUCAUCUCAUCCUCUUUUCACGUCAUGCACUUGGGUUCACUUCUGUACUCUGCCGCGCUGUAUUCACCCCGCAUCCUGCAUACUCCGCAUCUCAAAAAGAUUAUGAAAACAGCAAUGUGUUGUCGUACGUUCGGAUACUUUGGUACCAUCUGGAUCAUCAGGUUUUGUACCAUAUGUUCAAUUUGGACUGGUCGGAACGACUGGCGUUCCUCGCGUCGUCUCGCUGCACAUCUUGGUUUCCUCUCGCUCCCUUGAGACCCUCUCUUUUAAGCUUUC